AUGCAGAACCGUGACCCGGAAGACCGGCCAGCCAACAACGCGCUUGGCGUAGGGCGCGCCAUCCUGGCCAACCGUCUCAGCCACUUCCUCAACAUCCGCGGGCCGAGUGCCACCAUCGACACGGCCUGCUCCGGCAGCCUGGUUGGGCUCGAUAUGGCGUGCCGGUACCUGUCAACGGGGGAGGUGGAGGCCGCCAUCGUGGCCACCAGCAACAUGUACAUGAGCCCCGAGCACAUGAUCGACGCCGGCAACGUCGGCAGUGCUCACUCGCCCACGGCGCUGUGCCACACCUUUGACGUGGCCGCCGACGGCUAUGUCAAAGCCGAGGCCGUCAGCGCCGUCAUCGUAAAGCGCCUGGCCGAUGCCAUCCGCGACCGCGAUCCCAUCCGCGCCGUCGUGCUGGGUACGGCGAACACCAGCAAUGGCCGGACUGCGGGCAUCGCCAGUCCCAACUCGGACGCACAGGCGCUCGCCAUCCGCCAGGCUUAUGCCAACGCCGGCAUCUCUGACUUCAACCUCACCACCUACCUGGAAUGCCACGGAACGGGCACUCAGGCCGGUGACCCCACCGAGGUGCGCGGAGCAGGCUCCGUCUUCGCACCGACGCGCCCAGCCGACAAGCCGCUGAUUAUUGGCUCGAUCAAGAGCAACAUCGGACACUCGGAGCCGGCGGCGGGCAUCUCGGGUCUGCUGAAAGCUGUACUGGCCAUCGAGCACGGCAUGAUCCCCGGAAACCCAACCUUUAUCAACCCCAGUCCAAAGAUUGACUUUGUGGGCAACAAGGUCAAGGCCUUCCGCCACGCCAUCCCCUGGCCGCAAGACGCACCGCGGCGUGCCAGCGUCAACUCGUUCGGGUAUGGCGGCUCCAACGCGCACGCCAUUGUGGAACAGGCUCCCCUCGACCGCACCCACCACGUCAAGUCGUACUACAGUGCGGCCGACGAAGAGAUCGAAGAGGAAGAAGGAGAGUACGGGGCUGAAGAUGACGCGACCGCCCGGCCGCAGGUGGUUGUCCUCUCGGCCAACGACGCGCAUUCGCUCAACGGCAAUGUGGCAGCACUCACCAAGCAUCUGCUUAACCCCCGGGUGCGGGUGCGGCUCGCCGACCUGGCUUAUACCCUGUCGGAGCGGCGGACGCGGCUGUGGCACCGCGCCUUUGUCACCACGCGCUCGGCCGGGGCGAUCGACGAGAAGGCAUUCGUGGCCGCCAAGAAGGGCGCGCAGCCACCCCGGGUCGGCUUCGUCUUUACCGGCCAGGGCGCGCAGUGGCCACAGAUGGGGGCCGAGCUGGUGCGUUUGUUUCCCCGCGCACGGAGUCUCCUCGAGGAGCUGGACGCCGUGCUGCAGAGGCAGCAGGCGCUCGAGGCAGCCCCGGCGUGGUCGAUCGUCCAGGAGCUCACCGAGGCGCGCUCGGCCGAGCACCUCCGCCAACCCGAGUUCUCGCAGCCGCUCGUGACCGCGCUGCAGCUGUGCCUGCUGGACGUGCUCGACAGCUGGGGUGUCCGCCCCGAAAAGGUGGUGGGCCAUUCGUCCGGCGAGAUCGCGGCCGCGUAUGCCGCGGGACUACUGGACCGCGCGGGUGCCAUCAAGGCUGCCUUCUACCGCGGCCGAGCCGCCGUCAACCGCAGCCACGAGGCCGAGAAGGACGUCGGCAUGCUGGCGGUCGGCCUCGGGCCCGAGGCUGCCCAGGCGUUCCUCGAGGACGGCCACUACGCGGGCAGUGCCUGGAUCGCGUGCUUCAACAGCCCGUCCAGCGUGACCAUCUCGGGCAAGAAGGCAGCGCUGGAGACGCUGCAGGACGCGGUCAAGGCUGCCGGGCACUUUGCGCGUCUCCUACAGGUCGACCUCGCCUAUCACUCGGCGCUCAUGGACCCCAUCGGCCAGGAGUACGAGCACCUGCUCCAUGCGGACCCGGCCUUCCAGCCUUUGCAGCCCCCCGGCGAGAACACGGACAGCAGCAGCAGCAGCGUCGCCAUGUACUCCUCAGUGACGGGCGCUCUCAAGACAGGCCCCGCCGACGCCGCCUACUGGAAGGCCAACAUGGUGUCGCCCGUGCGCUUCGAGGAGGCUCUCACGGCCAUGCUGACGGACCGCAACCCGCCAACCGUGCUGAUCGAGAUCGGCCCGUCGGGGGCGCUGGCGGGACCUGUGUCGCAGGUCAUCAAGGCACUCCCCGGCGCCUCUUCCUCUGGCGCCCCGGCAGUCGUCUACGGCGCGGCGUGGUCCCGCGGCAACGACCCGGCCAAGUCCCUGUUCGACACGGCGGGGCGGCUGUUUAUCAGCGGCGCCGACAUCGACCUCAGCGUGGUCAACGGGUACGACGAGGGCGUGCGGACGGUCGUGGACCUGCCCAACUACACGUGGAACCACACGGUCAAGUACUGGCACGAGAACGUGUCGAGCCGCGACUGGCGCUUCCGCAAAUAUGUGGCGCACGACCUGCUGGGCAGCAAGAUCCUCGGCACGCCGUGGCAGGCUCCGACGUGGCGCAACCGGCUCAGCGCGGCCAACGUGCCGUGGCUGCUGGACCACAAGAUGGGCGGCGACGCCAUCAUGCCCGGCGCCGGCUUUGUGACGCUCGCGCUCGAGGCCAUGUGGCAGAAGCACUGCGCCGUCGAGAAUCUCGAGGGCGUCGCGCCCAACGACCUCUGCUACCGCUUCCGCAACGUCAAGUUCAGCCGGGCGCUGGUCAUCGAGGAGAACAAGGACGUCAUGCUGACGCUGUCGCUCACGCGGGUGCCCGGCGACAAGCACUGGCACGAGUUCCGCAUCUCGAGCACGCUGCCGGGCGAGGAGGACCUCGUGCGCGAGCACUGCUGGGGCCUCGCCCGGAUCCAGGACGCCAUCGAGGACGAGGUGGCCAGCGCGGAUCCCGAGGCGGCGCCGCCGCUGCAGAACCCGCAGGGACCCAAGCUGUGGUACAAGGCCGAGCGCGAGAUCGGCAUGGACUUUGGGCCCGCCUUCCAGCGGCUGCUGCAGAUCGAAGCCGUCAGCGGGCAGCGGUCCUGCCGCACGCUGCUGUCGCUGGAGCCGCCGCCCUCGCGCUGGACGCCGCAGUCGUACUAUCCCAUCCACCCGGCCGCCCUCGACGGCUGUCUGCAGACCCCGAUCCCGGGCAACGCCGAGGGCGAGCGCGGCAACGUCAAGGACGUCAUGAUUCCGGGCGUGAUCGACGACUUUGUCAUCAACAAGGUGCCUGCGCGCCUGACGACGGGCCGCUCGGUCGCCCACUCGACCUACUCCGGCCGUGGCCGCCGCGACCAGGACAAGAGCUGGAUCGCCGACACGACCGUCUACGACUCGGAGACGGGGCGACUGGUGAUGCGUGUGAGGGGCCUCAACUACCUCAAGCUGGACGUGCCGCCGCGCCCAGACCCGCACACGUUCCUGCGCGUCGAGUGGAAGCCCGACGUGACCCUCUUGUCGCAGGACCAGCUGCUGUUGCAGAACGCAGCCGGGCAGGACCGGGUGGACGGCCUGAUCGACCUCGUCGCGCACAAGACGCCUUCUCUCCGCGUGCUCGAGGUCAACCUGGAUGCGGCGGAUCGCUCGAGCCUCUGGUUCCCGGAAGCAGCUGCGGCGGCCGAGGCUGGCAGCAGCAGGUCGGCCUAUUCGCGUUACGACUUUGCCUCGACCGACGCGCGCGCCAUGGUCACGGUGCAGGAACGGCUGCAGGACCGGGCCCGGACCUCGUUCCUCGUCGUCAACCCAACCGACGCGGGGGAGGCGCUGGGCAUUCCCGCCGAUGCCGUGUACGACUUGGUAAUCAUCAAAACCUCCAAGGAGACCGGUUCCUCGCCGCUGCAGAACUUUGUCGCAAGCAUCCAGCCUUUCCUCGCGGAUGCCGCCUUCACUCUACUGGUCCGCCACGGAGACGCCAGGGGGGCCGUCAGCAACGCUAGCAGCCCCCACAGCGAGCCCGGAGACCAGUCCAGCAGCCCUGUGGUUUCGCCCUCGUCCUCGGCCUCGGAAUCGGGAGACUCGGGACCGACGGCCAGCUCGAGCAGCUCCGUGCUGGCUGCCGACGAGGCAGAAGACGUCGUCAAGUCCCUCGACUGGACCAAAGCGUUCUGGACCCGGGACGUGGUGCACCGGCUCGUGGGCAAGGCGGCUGGUGUCCUGGCCAGCUCGAUACUGGAGGUGUCUUCCACGACUCACGGUGACACCGGAAGGCAAGCGUACUUCUGGCAACAACAACACACCAACAAGCAAGCCGGGCUCGACAUCGCAAACCGUGGCAACAACCUGCUUGUCGCCCGCUUGUCCGAAGAUGGGCCCUCUCCCUUGGGAUCAUCCAUCCGAAGUGAGCUGCAACAGGCAGGCUGGAACGUGAAGCAGCAGGGCUUCCCCCUCCCGCCAGCCUCCAAGCAAGAGGCAGACGUGGUGCUGGUGCUCGACGAGCUCGUCGGCCCUGUCCUCUCCAAGAUCAGCACGCCGCAGCAGUGGGAAGCCGUCAAGGAGCUCGUCGGCUGCGGCAAGCCUGUUGUGUGGGUGACGCAGGGCGCGCAGGGCCAGGCCGGCGCCGGACAGCGCAUCACAGUCACAGAGCCCGAGAGGGCCAUGGUGCACGGUCUGUUCCGCGUGGCGCGGCGCGAGGACGAGCGCGCUCGCCUGGUGACGCUCGAUGUGCAGAACGGCGUCGGCUCGGCCGACACGGGCCGCGCCAUCCGCAAGGUCCUGGACGCUGUCGCCGCCGGGCGUGGCUCCAAUAACAUCAGCGAGGCGGAGGCGGACGAGGAGGACGAGGAGGCUACGCCAGCCGCUCAGGAAGAGACCGAAUACAUGGAGCGCGACGGCUUGCUCUAUGUGCAGCGCUUGGUGCCCGACCGGGCCAUCAACGCCUUCAAGCGCGCCGAGACCGAGGGCCUCGAGCCCGUGCCGACCGACUUCCACGGCACGCGCGCCCAGCUACAGCUCCAUGCCGAGCGACUCGGCACGCUGCAGAGCCUGAUGUGGUGCGAGACGGGCGUGUACGACGAGGACCCGCUCGAGGACGGCCACAUCGAGGUCGAAGUCAUGGCCGUGGGCGUCAACUUCAAAGACGUCGCCACCACGAUGGGCAUCGUCCCCGAAGACGAGUACAUGAUUGGCUUCGAGUGCGCCGGUGUCGUCAAGAAGCUCGGCGCCGGCGUCACCCGCUUCCGACCGGGAGACCGAGUGUGCAUUCUGAAGCCCGGCAGCUAUGCCAACCGCGUGAGGGUUGCUGUCGAGCGUUGCCAUGCGAUCCCGGACACGAUGACCUUUGAGGAGGCGGCCACGAUCCCGUCCGUCUACCUGUGCUCGCUGUACUCCCUCUACCACAUGGCGAACCUAAAAGAGGGCCAGUCGGUGCUGAUUCACUCGGCCACCGGGGGCGUUGGAAUUGCCUGCAUUGAGCUUGCGCAGUAUAAGAAGGCUGAAAUCUACGUCACGGUCGGCACUGAGGAGAAGCGGCAGUUCCUCGAGGCCAACUAUGGCAUCCCCCGCGACCACAUGUUCUCGUCCCGAAGCGCCAAGUUCGCGGACGAGAUCAUGCGGCUCACCAAGGGCCGCGGCGUCGACUGCGUGGUGAACUCGCUGAUCGGCGAGCUCCUGGAUGCGUCGUGGCGCAUCAUUGCCGACGGCGGCACCAUGGUCGAGAUCGGCAAGCGCGACAUUGUCGACCGCAACACGCUGGCCAUGGAGCCCUUCGACCGCAACUGCUCGUUCCGCGCCGUCGACAUGUCCUUCACCAAGGACAUCCACGACCAGCGCAUCGCCAGCCUGUUUGCCGAGCUCUUUGUGCUGAUCGACGGCGGCCACAUCCGCCCGAUCCGGCCCAUCACCACGUUUGGCUUUGACGACGUGCCCGCGGCGCUGCAGUACAUCCGCAGCGGGCGCCACCUGGGCAAGAUCGUCAUCUCAAACUCGAAGAAGGGAGACGAAAAGGAGGACGCAGACGUCCAGGUGCUGGCCCGCCCGGCCGUCCGCAAGCUGCAGCUCCGGCCGGAUGUCUCGUAUCUCAUCGUCGGCGGCCUCAAGGGCGCCUGCGGCACGCUGGCCACGCACAUGGCCCGCCACGGCGCCAAGCACAUCAUUGUCAACAGCCGGAGCGGCAUCGCCGACGAGGCGUCGGCGCGCAUCAUCCGCAACUGUGCCUUCUACGGCUGCGCCGUGUCGGAAGCCAAGGGCGACGUCGGCGACCUCGGCUCGGUGCGCCGCAUGUUCCAGACGGCCCGUCCGCGCAUCGGCGGCAUCGUCCAGGGCGCCAUGGUCCUGCGCGACCGGCCGCUCGAGACCAUGACGCUCGACGACUACCGCACCGCCAUCCACGCCAAGGUGCAGGGCACGUGGAACCUGCACGUGGCGUCGCAGGAGGCCGGGCCCCGGCACGCGCUCGACUUCUUCACCAUGCUCUCGAGCACGUCCGGCAUCAUCGGCAACAAGGGCCAGGCGAACUACGCGGCUGCCAACACCUUCCUCGACGCCUUCGCGAGCUACCGCCGCGCGCUGGGCCUGCGCGCCCACACGGUCGACCUCGGCGUCAUCGAGGACGUGGGCUACGUGGCCGAGCAGGACGACGGCCUCGAGGUCCGCUUCGACAAGCGCCAGUGGACGCCGAUCGGCGAGACCAUGCUGCGCCGCAUCCUGACCCACUCGGUCCUGCAGCAGUCGCCCGACCACGGCCCCAUCAGCCCGCCCAGCGCCGCCCAGAUGAUCACGGGCGUGGCCGUUCCGCUCCGCGUGGCCGGCGACGCCGCGAGCGCCGACCUCGCGCGCGAGCCCCGCUUCGCCUACCUGUUUGCGAGCCACGGGCACGGCGGCAGCAGCGAGGACGAGGCUGCUCUCGACGGCGGCAGCAACAGCAACAGCAGCAACGACGCGGCCGACCAGGCCGUGCGCGCGCUCAAGGCCAUGCACAAGUCCGGGGCCGAGGGGCCCGCGCUGGCGCGGGCGUGCGUCGACGCGCUGGCGGCGCAAUUUGUCAAGAUCCUGCGGCUCGAGUCCGAGGUCGAGCCCGGGCGGCCGCUCAUGGCCUACGGGCUCGACUCGCUGUCGGCCGUCGAGCUGCGCAACUGGAUCCGCACCAAACUCGGCGUCGAGCUGACCACGCUGGAUAUCACCAAUGCCAGCUCGCUGAUUGCGCUGGCCGAUAAGGUCGUGGGGAAGUUGCCGGAUCUGCCGGCCAACUCGAAGGGCGCCGCGGCGAAAUAG